GGGUCCACCAUGUUUUUCAAGUUGAUCAUCUCUUAACGCUAUUCACACCAAAGAAACACAAAAUUUACACCAAAACCCAGAAAUUAAGAAAAUAAAAUAAAAGCUUGUACUUUCUCCUCCUCAUCUCUAUCUCUCUGGAUCCUUUUCAAGCAAAAGGCCAUUUAUGGUUUAUCUGAGCUUCAUCAUUCACUCGAACUUUUCUUUUAGCUUCUCAGCAAAGCUUAGCUCUUUUCUCGGGUAACUAUGAUUGAUGCAGGAUCUUGUAUUCGGAUACAAACCAUGGAGAGUUAGUUACUGUGGAACAAAGAAUCUGCAAGCAAUGGAAGCAACACAUUCUGGGAGAUAUGGUAAAGCAGUUUUGGGUAAUGAUGUGGAGCAGAGAGAGUAUCUUGAGUAUGACAUGGACAAGCUUUUUCAGUCUAUAUCUGUCACGAGGCUAAUGACCUCUUCUUUCCGUAACCUUGAGACUAGCGCCAGUGCAGGUCCAAGCAGCCCUUCAAUGAGAAUGGCCACGAGGACUACCCCUCAGUCACCUAGAGUUUUUGGCUCUCUUUCCUUGAAGCAGGCCCUGAGAGAUCGUUGCGUUUCCAGGGCCUCUGAAAUGGCUGCUCUGAAACGCUUAUCCAACUCCACAGCUGCGUCUCCGAGAGUCUCUGAAGCAGACAGGAUCAAGAGUUUGUAUAACCAAGUUUCCAAUAACAGGUCUGUGGACAAGGGUAAAGGAAGCUUGGUUCAGACAUCUCUGAUGCCGGUAAACAGUGAUAAAGCAAGCACUUCUAGGAGUGUUCCCCAGCCUCCUAUCCCCAUUCAUGAGCCAUCUCAAGCUGGAACCAGUUUGGGAUCACGCAGAGUGAGAGAUCAAGUGCUUGAGAUAGAGUUAGAUGAAAACGUUGCAUCUCCUUCUGCUCUAGCGUUUGUUGAAGAUGAUGUGAAAGAAGUAGACAAACAUGUUACCUCACCACCUUCUGAUUCUAGCAAGAGAGAUGAUGCAAGGGAGCUUGAGAAGAAAAUUCUCUCACCCACUCUUGAUUUGGAGAAGAAAGGGAAGCUAAAUAACAACACAGCUACCUCAGGAACAGAGAAGAGCAGAACGGUAUGCAAGGUAACGCCAAAGAAGAAGAUUCUGCUUAAGAAGAAGCUAAAGAUUGGCAUCGUUUCUGUAGCUAAAAAGGAUGAAGAAGCUGAUGUUUCAUUAGAUUCUAGUGCAACUAAACUCCUCUGCCAAAGAUGUCACUGUUCCUUGAAGAGCACCAGCAUCGAUAACCAUGAGAUUUGCGCAGAGAGUACGAGCUCUAUGUCAAAUAGCAUUGGUAAAGAAGCUCAUCAAGUAGCCAGUGAGAACUCCUCUACUUCCUGUAAUGUUAGUCAACGCUCUGAAGCUGAGAUUGUCGUCAUGAGACAAAAUGUUUCCUCGAGGAAUGACAGUGGUAACAAAUUCGACUUCUCCUUGAGCUCAAAAGACAGUCUUGGGGGUGAUUACAGCAGGAGCACAAGCAUGAGCGAGGAGAGCAAUCUUACCAGGUUUAGCUGCGGUAACAAGCCUCACAUGUCGAUGGAUGUGAGAUGGGAAGCGGUUAAGCACGCCAAGUUGCAAUACGGCUCUUUAGGGUUAAGGCACUUUAACCUCUUGAAGAAACUGGGUUGUGGAGAUAUAGGAACAGUCUAUCUCGCUGAGCUGAUUGGUACAAACUGCUUGUUUGCCAUAAAGGUUAUGGACAACGAGUUCUUGGCGAGAAGGAAGAAGAGUCCAAGGGCACAAGCGGAACGGGACAUACUUAAAAUGUUGGACCAUCCUUUUCUUCCUACGUUGUAUGCUCAGUUUACUUCGGAUCAUUUGUCUUGUCUGGUCAUGGAGUAUUGUCCUGGUGGAGAUCUUCAUGUCCUCAGACAGAAGCAGCUAGGCCGGUGUUUCCCUGAACCUGCAGCAAGGUUCUAUGUUGCGGAGAUUCUACUUGCACUGGAGUACUUACACAUGCUUGGUGUUAUAUACCGAGACCUGAAGCCAGAAAACAUUCUAGUCCGUGAAGAUGGACACAUUAUGCUUACUGAUUUCGACCUCUCACUUCGGUGUGCAGUGAACCCAACUCUUCUCAGAUCAACUUCACCUCCCGGGAACGAUCCAGCAAGAACUUCAGGUCCAUACAACACAUCCAGCUGCAUACAACCAUUCUGUCUCAUCGAACCAUCUUGCCAGGCUUCAUGUUUCAGCCCAAGGCUCUCAUCAAACCAACAACAAGUCCAAAAACCAAAAAGAGCUCAUCAACACUUGCCUCAGCUCGUGGCUGAACCAACGGAAGCAAGGUCCAAUUCCUUUGUGGGAACACACGAGUACUUGGCUCCGGAGAUCAUCAGAGGAGAAGGACACGGCGCUGCGGUUGACUGGUGGACUUUUGGAGUUCUCCUUUACGAGCUUUUAUACGGGAAAACACCUUUCAAAGGUCACAACAACGACGAGACUUUGGCCAAUGUUGUGUUGCAGAGCCUCAAGUUUCCUGAUAGCCCGCUUGUGAGCUUCCAGGCAAAGGAUUUGAUCAGAGGGCUUCUGGUUAAGGAGCCAGAGAACAGGCUCGGGUCAGAGAAAGGUUCUGCAGAGAUUAAAAGACAUCCUUUCUUUGACGGACUGAAUUGGGCUUUGAUCCGGUGUGCAAUACCGCCAGAGCUACCGGAUUUUUAUGAGUUUGGCGGUGGACAAGAGGCUGCAGGUUCACCUGAAGGCAAUGAUAAUAGGUAUCUUAAAUGUAAAGCCAUAGGCGAUCAUCUUGAGUUCGAGUUGUUCUAAGUUAAGUGUCUUAAAAGCAAGAUGAGAAAAUUUUUUGGUAAAAGUAUUCAUAGUAAACGUUGUUGUAAGUUAAGUCCUCAAGUCAAAUAUGUAAAUUUUAGCCUAUUCUGAGACAUCAUAAUCAUAUACAUUUGCCCCC